GAAUACGAUCCAACGGUUUAUACCGAUUCAACCCUCGAUAAAUAGGAAUACCACCGAAAAAAUCUCAUAAACCCUCGUUAUCAGCUGCAUAAGCCAAAAAGCCCUCGUCUAGGGUUUUAUUCAUCAACGCCCUCUCUGAAAGAUCAGCGUUCCCGAGGUUACAAGAUACAACCAUGGCUUUCUUCAACAGAGCAAGUAGUAUACUACGGCGGGCUGCUGCAAGUAAACAUAUUAAUCCUCAAAUGUCAGCAGCUACUCCAUCAAUCUUUCAAAUGAUAAGAUGCAUGUCAAGUUCCAAAGUCUUUGUAGGAGGAUUGGCAUGGGCUACAGAUGAUCAGAGCUUGAAAGAAGCUUUUAGCCCAUAUGGUGAAGUCCAUGAAGCUAGAGUGAUCAUGGAUAGAGAAACUGGUCGUUCAAGAGGUUUUGGCUUUGUUACUUUUGGUGACACCGAGGCUGCUUCUGCUGCAGUCCAAGCAAUGGAUCAAAGGGAAUUGCAUGGUAGAAUGGUGAGAGUGAAUUAUGCCAACGAUAGACCACAAGGUGGUGGUGGUUUCCGGGGAGGUGGUGGAUAUGGUGGUGGAGGUGGAGGUUAUGGUGGAGGCGGUGGUGGCUAUGGAGGUGGUGGUUAUGGUGGUGGUGGUGGUGGUUAUGGUGGUAAUAGUUAUGGUUCUGGUGGUGAUGGUGGCUAUGGAGGUGGUAAUGUUGGAGGGGGAUUUGGUGGUGAGAGCCAGCAGGCGGCUGGUGGUGGUGAUGCUUAUGGAAGUGGUGGUUAUGGUGGUGGUGCUAAUGAUGGUCCGGUAGAAGGAGGCUAUGGGAACAAUGAUGAGCCUGAUGAUUUUGCCAAAAGGGCUUAAUUUAUGUGUUUGCUGUGGGCUGAGUUUUUAAAUUUUUUCAAGUGGACUGAUGCUGUUUGCAGCUUAUUAUGAUAGUCUUUUCUUUUUCCAAAUGUUUAUUUUUAUGGAUAUUGAAGUUGCAAUGUAAACUUUGACUCUUGUGGUCUCAAUCGGGUCGAACUUUAUUUAUGUGUUUGAAGAGCAGUUAGUGUUCUUCUGGUUUAAAUAGGAUGGACAUAAAGAUUGAUUCCUCUAUUUGAGAAAAUAACAUUUUGUUUAAGGUUUAA